GCAGUUCACUGGUUUCAGGGCGGAGAGCGAGAAGCGCUGAGAGUCGCACUUCCACCAGCAGCCUUUACACACACACUGAUCAGUACUAACCUCACACACUCACACACACACUCACUCACACAUACACAUACACACACACACAGGGCUGGAUUCACACUCAGCCGGGCCGUACCUCUGCCGUCUUCGGAUCUACAGCCGCCGGAACGUUUAGGAGUUUUAAGUGGUUUUAAUGUUCGCCGGAACGAGCGGACCCUGCCAUCAUGGGAUUGCUGUUACCAGCCAAUGUGCUGAAGUGAGCUGGAUUUUUCCUCCGGUUUAAGCCCCACCCCUCCCCGAGGGGCCACUCCCCCUCCAUCCCACCGGAGGACCAGCAAUCAUGGCGGGAAUCAAGCGCGGGUACGACGGAAAGAUCGCUGGACUAUAUGACCUGGACAAGACGCUCGGCCGUGGCCAUUUCGCCGUGGUCAAACUAGCGCGUCAUGUCUUCACCGGCGAAAAAGUGGCAGUCAAGGUAAUUGACAAGACCAAGCUUGACACGGUCGCAACCGGUCACCUGUUCCAGGAGGUCCGCUGUAUGAAACUUGUCCAGCAUCCCAACAUCGUUCGGCUCUACGAGGUCAUUGACACGCAGACCAAGCUCUACCUGAUCUUGGAGCUCGGCGAUGGUGGCGACAUGUUCGAUUACAUCAUGAAGCACGAGGAGGGACUGAAUGAGGAGCUGGCCAAGAAAUAUUUUGCCCAGAUCGUGCACGCCAUCUCGUACUGUCACCGGUUGCAUGUGGUUCACCGUGACCUGAAGCCGGAGAAUGUGGUGUUCUUUGAGAAACAGGGCCUGGUCAAGCUCACCGACUUUGGCUUCAGUAAUAAAUUUCAGCCGGGAAAGAAGCUGACCACCAGCUGUGGCUCACUGGCUUAUUCUGCCCCUGAGAUCCUGCUGGGAGAUGAGUAUGAUGCACCUGCUGUGGAUAUCUGGAGUCUAGGGGUCAUCCUCUUCAUGCUGGUGUGCGGUCAGCCCCCUUUCCAAGAGGCCAAUGACAGCGAGACCCUGACUAUGAUCAUGGACUGCAAAUACACUGUACCUGCCCACGUCUCCAACGCUUGCAAAGACCUGAUAAACCGAAUGCUACAAAGGGAUCCGAAGAGGCGAGCGUCGCUGGAGGAGAUCGAGAGUCACGCAUGGCUUCAAGGAGUGGACCCAUCUCCAGCCACCAAAUACAACACCCCACUGGUGUCUCACAAGAAUCUGUCAGAAGAGGAACACAACAGCAUCAUCCAGCGCAUGGUGCUGGGAGACAUCGCUGACAGAGAAGCCAUCAUCGAAGCCCUGGAGACAAACAAGUACAACCACAUCACUGCUACUUACUUCUUGUUGGCUGAACGGAUCCUGAGGGAAAAGCAGGAGAAAGAGGUGCAACCUCGUUCUUCCAGCCCCAGCAACAUCAAGGCACACUUCAGGCAGUCAUGGCCAACCAAAAUCGACAUGCAUCAGGACAUCGAGGACAGCUUAGCCUCUUCGUCCAUCUCUCAUGCUGGGGGUCCACAGUCUCCUGCUCGCAGUACAGAGAAUCUGCUAAACGGUCACCGCAGUAAAGGGCUUCUGGAAGUGAGCCGUAGAGAGGAGAUUAGCGAAGCCUCCAGCAGCUCUGCUGCACCUGCUUCUCUGCCCCCAAACCCCCUUAAACCUGGGGUCAUGGCCCCCCUUGCAUCUGCUUCAGCCAAGCAACGAACCUGCCUCUUUCGGGUGGAAGAAGAUGAGGAGGAGGAAGAAGAACAGGAGCCUCCACCAUUGCCCACUCAGGUGGUCCUACGCCGCAAACCACUGUCCAUCACCAACCGGCUUACGUCUCGAAAAAGCGCCCCAGUGCUCAAUCAGAUCUUCGAGGAGGAAGGCGAAUCAGAUGAUGACUUUGACAUGGACGAGAGUCUUCCACCCAAGCUCAGCCGGUUGAAGAUGAACAUGGCAUCUCCUGGUACGGCUCAGAAGCGCUACCACCGGCGCAAAAGUCAGGGCCGCGGUUCAAGCUGCUCUAGCUCUGAGACCAGCGAUGAUGAUUCAGAGAGCCAUCGCAGACGACUAGACAAAGACACAGGGUUCACCUACAGCUGGAACCGCAGGGACAGUAGUGAGGGUCCACCUGGAAACUCUGGGGGCAAUGGUGGUGGUAGUAGCGGAGGACAGAGCAAACCAUCUGGGGAAGGCAACUCAGGACCAGACAAGGGCAGCCCUCCAGGAGGAGGGAAUGGUGGUAGUACAGGAGGGGGCAGUGGAGGUGGUGGGAGUACAAAAGGACAGGGAGACCCUUCCAGCUGUUCCCGUAGCAGCAGCAACAACGCUUCAUCUGGCUCGACACGUAGUGCAGCUCGGAGUGCUGGGGAACUGGUAGAGAGUCUGAAACUCAUGAGUCUAUGCUUGAGUUCCCAGUUUCAGCAUCGCAGCUCUGGAGGAGGUGGUGGUGGACGGUUUAUCCUAGAUCCUCAGAGCCUGUCCAGCGUUAAAGUCCAGGAGAAGUCCUCUUGGAAGAUGUGCAUUGGCUCCAACAAUAGUCUGGACAAAGUGAUCAACCCUGCCUUGAAUGGCGGCGUUGGGGCAAUGGAGCAUUAUCAAGACCAAACGGCAGUCAUGUUAAAUGAACUUGGCCUGGUCAAGGAGAACAACCUGAACUUGAAAAAUAAUGUUCUCCAGCUACCUCUGUGUGAAAAGACCAUCUCCGUGAACAUCCAGCGAAGCCCCAGAGACGGGCUACUCUGUGCCUCAGCCCAGGCCAGCUGCUGUCAGGUCAUAUGAUGGCAUGGCACACGGCUGGUUCUCAGAGUGGAUUGUUCCUAUUGCCACAUUUGUAGCAUAUGAUGACUUGAGUUCUCCACCAGUAGCUGUAUAUGACCUCUCUUGAUCCCAACUUGACCUUUAAACCUGCCUUCUAUGUCGUCUUAAUCAUUCUCACAACUUAUUUAUUAAGUUCUCCUCUUGGACCCAUUGGUUUUUAAUGAAGUGCACGCUGCUAUCCUUUUCUUUUUUUGUGUCUUUAUUUGUUUUGCCCAAUUAGACUUUAUUAUUUGUUUUUCAAGUCCUGCUCAUUUUGCUUUUUAGCCCUUGAAAUGAAACGCUCUUAAUAUGAAUUCCAUGGUUCCAACACCACCCAAUCAGUCAAGAGUUGUGGAAACUGUAUGUAUAAAUAAAUGACCUUUAAUAAAGUGAGAUUUAAAUUAAGACCAACAGUAUGAUAGAACAGAACAUGGCAAUUCAUAAAACAAGCACUUAAAGAAACUCAACCACAACUGGUUUUGUAAAUUUUAGCCCCGAUAUGAUUGUAAUGAGAUGGUAAUACAGUAAAAGCAAUAGUGAGAGUAAAGAACAAACCCUUUUUUAAUUCAUAGUGCUGUCUGAUGAGUCUUAAACUGAAUGACCAUUUUGCACUUUUUUCACCUUUUUUUUUUUUUUUUAAGUGCUAUUGACUGUUUCCUUGCCACCAUUUAUAAAUGUUUAGUAUAGAUAAACUUUUGAGGUUAAUGACAAUCAGUUGCAAUAACAAGGGAUACUUUUAAUGGAUAAUUUCCAAAAGGGGGCUACAGAUUACUCAGAUUUUUUAAGUGUUUUAUUUGAAUAUUAUUAAAACACAUUCACCAUGUUCUUAAAUUACUUCUUUCUUUCUUUUUUUUUUUGGUAUAUUUCAGUAAACAUUUGGGAUUUAAGUGCAAUUUAUACAUGUUCAAGCUGUUAAAUUUUGUAAGUCCAUCUGCGACAUGCCCUCUAAGUAAUAAUGUUUUGCCAAAUUUGCUACCCAGACAGCACUGUGGAUACACCCACACAUAAAUGUGUUCAUCCUAGUUUUUAUCAAAUUAUAAAAUUAGAAUUGCACUACAGAAUAAGUAUAGUCCACAAUUAGGAUACUUUGAAUACCAUACAAAUCACAGCAGGGGUAAUUAGCCUUUACAAUACUGUUACUGCCAGAGCAAAAUCAAACCCGCAGACAGUGACAGUUUUCAGUUUGUGUAGUACAGAAUACCGUUGAGUCAGUACCCCUCUUUCUCAGCGUCAUUUAUUAAAACGAAAUUUGAAUAGAGAAAUUAUUUUAUCAUUGAGGAAUCUUCUUUGGCUUAAUAAAUAAUUUUCGGUUCCAGCCCAUAAUCCUCUAUCUCACCCCUGUUGUUCUUGUACCAUUCAGCUUUGAGUUACUGUAUAUACCAGUCUCAGAAUCGACUGGCCUUAGGGGAUGUUUAUAAGUAUGUACAUAUAUUUUUUUAAAAGUUUAUUUUUUUGAAAGAACUGCUGUUUUAAAAUGCUGUUUUGGAUAUGUGAGCCUUGAACUGGCUUAUAGUUGGGAUAAAAUGGGGCUUUUUUUUGUCACCUGGCCACCUGAUAACAGAUAAAAAAAUGCAUGGUAUGUCUUCUAUUCAGUGGAUGGCCACUCUUUCAGGAAAUAUGGCUUCAAGAGUUGGCCAUUGGGUGACCAUCGACUGGUAUAGAUAUAAGUCAAAGAUCUACAGGACUUGUGAGUGUGAAAGAAUCGGUUGCGAGAUUUAAAGGGCAUUUGCAAUAAGCUAAGCUAUAAGUUGCAGCUAUGUGUAAAUAUAAUUUUGUUUUGUUUUUAUAUUUCAAACCUGUACAUCCUUCAAAUGGCUCACUUGACCCAAAUUAUCUUAAGUAUUUCUGUUUGUUUUGUCUUUUUUUGUUUUUAAAAAAUAAAGUCUGUAAAUAUUGGUGUAAAUAUGGUGCUCUACACUUAGAAAUGCAGUGUUGGACUUCUUGUUCAUAGCUGUAAUAUAGCCUUAUUAGAUAUGAGUGUCAAAAACAGAGCAAGGGAGGUUGAAAAGAAAACAGUGCUAUAUGCAUAAUGUCAGUCUCUGACUUUGUCCUACCCUAAUGUAAACAGCUAAACGACAUGUGCAUGUGUUGUGCGUUUGACAUUAUUGAUCCACGUUCAUUCAGAGGAAAAGAACCACCACAAAAUGUUACAGGACCAAACCAUGUACUGGCGUUAAAAGAAAAGUAAAAAAAAAAAAAGAGAGAGAAAAAACAACUUUGAAAAAGCAAAAUGAAUAAAUGUUCUGUUGCUGAAACUUGUCUUUAAAAGUUACAUAUAGCUAUCUAUGGUGAUGUCCAGAAUUAAAUGUGAAAUAUGUUGUCUUUAAAACUGGACUUCCUUUGUCCUUUUUUUUGUGUGGGAGCCCUGCUUUUUUCUCAUUGAAGAGCUUGUUUUACUCCAAAGUAGAUAACGGGAAUAAAACGGUAAUAUUUCA